AUGCCAAAACUCACUCUCUAUCGCACAAACGGUGCCUGUUCCUUAAUCCCCCACUCCAUCCUCAAUCACUACAAAAUUCCAUUCAUCCCAAUCCGCCUCAAACCCGGUCCAAACGGCUACGAAGCUGCAGAUGGUAGUUUCACCAACGCAGAGUACCGUUCCAUCCACCCGAGAGGCUACGUCCCCGCCCUAGCCGUCAACGACCAUAUCAUCACUGAAAUGCCGGCUAUUCUGAGCUUCAUAUCCUCGCUCAUCCCAGGCAAACGUCUUAUGAGCAGUACACCAUUUGAGAAUGCCAAAGUUAUGGAGUGGCUGGUCUUUCUAUCGGGUACACUGCACGGUCUUGGAUACGGUGCUUUUUUGAGACCGGGACGAUUCAGCGAUAAUGAGAAAGGGUAUGAGGGGAUUAAGGAUAAGGGGAGGAAGGUCAUCGAGGAGUCAUUCAGGAGGAUUGACAAUGGGUAUAAAGGGAGAGAGUUCAUUGUUGGGAAGGGCUUGACGGUUGUGGAUUUUAAUGUCUAUGUUUUUGCGAGGUGGGCGCAUGAGGCUGGCAUUGACAUGAAAGACUAUCCUUCCUGUCAUGAGCACUUGAGAAAGAUCGAGAAGCUGGAUGGUGUAAGGAAGGCACUUGAAGCAGAAGAACUAGAGCUCGCCUUUCCCUAA